UUUUUUUUUUGAAGGAGUUACACAUGUAACAUAAUAGUGCUAGAAUAUUGUACAAGACACACCUUCCCCACUUUCUCUAUUCCAGAAAAUCUCCAUUCUCCUAGCUACUGUCUUUCUUCUUUUUUCUCUCUCUUUCUCUCUGCCACAUAUUAAAGUACCCUUCUGAACUUGAUCCAAUUUUCAUCAAAUAGAUUUCUCUUAUAACAUCAUCAUAAUUAUUAUUAAUCAUGGCUCUUCUUGCUUAUUUUGUGCUCUUCCUUUCUCUGACUGGAUAUUCAAGUGGUGCUCUUUAUUGUGUGUGUAAAGAUGGUGUGGGAGAUCAAAAUCUUCAAAAAGCAAUAGAUUAUGCUUGUGGUGCUGGAGCUGAUUGUACACAAAUUCAGCAAAAUGGGCCAUGUUUUCAGCCAAAUACUAUUAAAGAUCACUGCAAUUAUGCUGUUAAUAGCUAUUUCCAGAAAAAGGGUCAAGCUCAAGGAGCUUGUGAUUUUGCUGGUAUGGCUACUCCAAGUCAAACUCCACCAACUUCUUCAACAUCUUCAUGUGCUUAUCCUUCAAGUGGCAAUACAGGAGGGGGUACCACCACAACCCCAGCAACUAAUACACCUGUAGGCAUAUCACCACCAUCCACCGUAACUCCAACUACUCCUACAGGUACAACACCAAGCACCGGGACCGGCACACCAACCGGAACCGGCACAGGCACAGGCACAGGUACGGGCACGGGCACUCCAACUGGAACAGGCACGGGCACAGGCAUGGGCACACCAACUGGAACAGGCACAGGAACAGGUAUAGGAACUGGAACAGGUACAGGAACUGGAACUGGUACAACCACAGGUGGUCCUAAUGUGUUUGGAAUAAGUCCAACAACAUCAUCAUCUGGUAAUAGUGGCUUCAGUGAUCCUAAUGGAGAAGGGGUUCAAUUAAAAAAAUGCACUUAUGUGUUAUUAACAUCCCUUGUUUUUACUAUAUGGCUAGCAGCAGCAAUAAGAGACUAAAUAAUAGUAUAAAACUUUAGGAAAAAAUGUUGUGGGUGAGAUUUUGCCACUACAUGAUGGGUGUCUAUGUAAUUUCAUCACUUGGAAUCAUCCAGAAGCAAACCCCACUUUGGUCUUCUGUUCCUUUUGCUUUUGUUUUGUUCCUUCUAUGUGCAAAGGGGAAAAAAAGUAGAGAGAAUUUGGUUCCAUUUUAGUGGUGAAUAUAUUUGAUGAGUAAUGUGAGAGGGUAUAGAACCUGGUCACUUUUUCUAUUUGUAAAUUAAUCUAUUUUAUUAUAUCACUUAUGAGUUUAUGAUCGACAUGCACAAA